CAGCGGAACAGGGGGCGCUGCUGCGCGCUGUGGCCGCCGGGCUCUAUCAGAGCAGGAACAUUGCCGAGAUGGUCAUGGCGGAGGGAGCAGCAGUCCUGAGGAGGAACCGUCCAGGAACCAAGGCAAAGGAUUUUUACAACUGGCCCGAUGAGUCGUUUGAGGAGAUGGACAGCACUCUGGCUGUGCAGCAGUACAUUCAACAGAACAUUCGUUCUGACUGCGCCAACAUCGACAAGAUUCUGGAGCCUCCAGAGGGACAGGACGAGGGUGUUUGGAAAUACGAACACCUGAGGCAGUUCUGUCUGGAACUAAAUGGCCUUGCUGUUAAGUUACAGGGAGAAUGCCACCCUGACACAUGUACACAGAUGACAGCUACAGAACAAUGGAUCUUUUUGUGUGCUGCACAUAAAACUCCCAAAGAGUGUCCUGCUAUUGACUAUACUAGACAUACGCUUGAUGGAGCUGCCUGUCUUCUGAACAGUAAUAAGUAUUUCCCCAGCCGGGUGAGCAUAAAGGAGUCUUCUGUGGCAAAGCUGGGAUCUGUCUGCCGUCGCAUCUACAGGAUAUUUUCCCACGCCUACUUUCACCACCGCCAGAUAUUCGACAAGUAUGAGAAUGAGACCUUCCUGUGUCACCGGUUUACUCGAUUUGUAAUGAAAUAUAACCUGAUGUCAAAGGACAAUCUAAUCGUACCCAUUCUGGAGGAGGAGGUGCAGAAUGCUGGCUCUGCAGAGAGUGAGGCCUGAGCUUGUCAACUAAUGUUGUCAUGUAAAAAUGCUACCCUUGCUGAUGAAAUAUCAUUGCUAGUGGGGACCACUUCACAGGAUCCUAUCGACAUAAUGCCAGUUGACCCAUGCUAGCUUUUAUUUAUUGUCAGCAUUGUUAGGAUUUUUAGGUGGAGUCCUUCCUUUAGCGUGUCGUCCUAUUGCCAGGCACCCAUUUGGCUAGAUCGGAUUACAUAUAUAAAAGUACCUCACCUGUAUAAAAGCGCAGCACAUGCACCCACAUACAUGCAUUACAUACAUAAAUACAAAAACAUGUUUGAUAUACCAUUGUGCCCACUGAAAUAUUGUCAUCUCCAACAACAAAGCCCACCAUGAGGGACCCUAGAAAUGCCAAACUCAUACAUCUGCUUUCACAUAGAGGUCAAAUUAUUUUCUUUUAUUAAGGGAAUACGGCAUUUAAGCUUUAGAGAAAUCAGCUGGCUGAUACAAAUACUCAGCCCUGCCAUUGGUAGAGCUACAGGAACACUACAGGGACAUUUUAGUGUCAUGAUGGGGUUUUUAACCACAGGGAAACCAUGUUUGCCACACCUGUACUGUACAUUGUCUAAAAAAAAACAUGCUUCAAUCUUUUUAACCUUCUGCUUGCUUUUCUAUGCUUGUGUUUUAUGUGAUUCAUUUUAUUCUUUUAUUCUUUAAGUUAUUGCUAAUGUUACUUAAAACAAAAAAGUCAUUUUAAAACAUUCACAACUAAGACCAUUCAGUCUUUUUUUGUUUGUUAUUGUUGGAUUUCUUAAACAAAACUGUAUCAUUUUCAUUAGUAUGUGAAUAAAUAAUAAAUGAGUAGAAAUAAAUUACUUUCUACAGUUACCCCUUCAUUGUCUA